AUGGACUGGUACUCCUGGUUAUCCAAAACUGGCCUUGACCCCUCACUUGUCUAUAACUAUGGCUUUGCCUUUUCUGGGAAUGAGCUCCAAAAGGAGGAUUUAGCAUACCUCAACCAUGAGUUUCUUCAGAGCAUGGGCAUUUCCGUUGCCAAGCAUAGGCAGGAGAUUCUCAAGCUUGCUAGGAAGGAAGUUAGAGAGGCCUCUAAUGGUUUGUCCAAGCUCAUUUUCGCAAUCAACAAAAUCAGGAACUACUUAAAGUACGUUAACAACUUGGUUCACCAUGAGAACAACAAGAAAACAAAGGCACUUCCGUCGCCGGCGCCGGUUUCUUAUAGAGAAAAGUGGAGAGAAGCAUUGUCAAAGAAGGAGAUGAAAAUAGAACACCCAAUGCAGAGAACCAGGAGGACAAUAGCGAAAUCUGGUCCCUUGGAUUAUAGAGGACAAGAGAAAUUCGUGGUCACUCCUAGGAGCUUGAAAUUAUCAGGGCCCCUUGAUAGGAAAUUGCAGGAGAGGUUGGUGUUUAGUUACAAGAGCCCGAUAACAUCGGGUUCUAUUGAUGUUGCAAUGGCGCAAGAGAGGUUGGUGCUCACGAAUAGGAGCCCAAAGAUUCAUGGUGGCAACAGCAGGGAGAAGGCAGGUGGGGACUUUAUUGAACAUACAUUUUGGGAGGAACUGUUUCAGGACAUGAACCCUACUUGA